AUGUUUGCCAGACGACACAGUUGCCAGACAGCUCUCAGAGCAGGGCGUUCAUUACUGCCUCAGUAUCAUCCCAUGACCCAGCCGGUUCUGCCAGCGUCACUGCGGACGAUGCAAACAGUGAUCAACCUCCAAUCGAAAGAAAACAAAGAACAGGCCAUUGAUUUCGAACGCCAAAUACUGAACCCCGAGCGAGCGGAAAACUGUAAAACAGGCACCGACGAUGAAGUGGGUCACCACAAAUGCUCCUAUGACCCGUCCACAACCACGCCAGAAAGUGAAUACUUGGCCGACGAGGCAGAGUCCUUACUCGAAGGCAAAGGUCAUCACCCGCUCUUCGUUAGCCCGGCGAACGUAGAGGUCAGUCAUUAUAUCGAUCCCAUGUCAGAAGGGGCAGUACAAGGUGCUGCCAGGCUGGGUCCUAGUGCGCAGGGCUGGACUCGAAAACACAGGGAGGUGCAUAUCAAAGAUGUUCCCGGGAGUCAAUAUGAGCGUUACGAGAAGCUUUUGCAGGAACUGAGGAAGCCAAAGCAAAGUGAGUCCCGCUAA